ACUAUGGCGUCUCAGAGUAACAGCAGCGGUCGUUGUAACAGCAGGAAUGUAUAAAGUAGCCAGCUUUUGAUACAUUUUACAGAGUUACAGAGUUAGUUUUUUCUUUCAUUGUCUUUGAAACUACAUUAAAUGGCCUCAUAUACACACGAAGAGUUUGAACUCAGCCAGAAACAUGAAGAUAUACUCGGGGAAAGAGCAUUACUGCUGCAGCAGAUGGAGGCGCAUUAUGAACAGCAGAAGGCCAAGAAAAAACAGCAGUGUCUGAUGUCUCAAGCAGCGAAGGAGAGGAAUGCUCAGAUCCUUGAGGUUUCUCUAAUGUGUGCUCUGUGUUAUACAUACACUGAUUUACAGAAUGCUGAAAAAAAUCUAGACAGCUGCUUCACCCAGAUAUUAUUAGCCUUGAGACUCAUUAUUGGGCUUCAGUUGAACGGAAACUACCAGAAUGGGAGCAGUAUUUGCUUGGGAUAGGGAAACCGCCGGUAAGUGAGAC